AUGGGUUACUCGUGCGAAAGUGCGCAUCUACAGUAUCGACCAGUACGAUCGGACCGCAACCAGCGAAGUUGGUCAACCGAGCCACUGCAGCUGGACACCAGAACAGCCGGUGACAUCCGUCAACCACUAACCACGACCGCAACCGACCGCAGCAGCCGCACACCGCCAACCCAGCCGCCCGAUCACCCUCCCUGGGUGACACCGACCCCGGACAUCGCAUCGAGGAUUUCUCCACCGAGAAGCACCCUCAGCCUUCACCAAGGGUUCUGCGACGAAACCGAACCUACCGAGAAGGAAAGGAUCGUCCUGGCCACGCUUAAGAAACGGCGAAGAAGUCUAUCCCCCACCGAUCCCACCAAUCCUGCCACCAUUCCCCGGUGGCACUCCUCCUUCAACCUGCUGCGUCCGUCGACCGUGUUUGACGGAUACUCGACGAUCGUGCUCGAAAAGCUGUCCCGCUUCAUCAGCCGCCAUGUUGCAGUGAGCGGACGACCACUCGCACCAUGCCACCAGCAUGCCACCACUCCACAGCAUGGUUCCCCUGGCCCGGCAUCGUCCACUAGCGCUACGAGUCGUCGACCAAUGACGCGCAUCACACCGUCCACCAGCUCCAGCCCGGGCGAGCAGCGAAGGCAUGCCGGUGGCGAGGACGCACACUGCCGCAGCGGGGCGCGAACGGAAGCGCAACGCGCGGAACCAACGCAAUUCCACGCCCGCACUGUGCAGCGGGACGUAGCGGCGGCCACUAGCCGGCCCGCCAGUAGCCACCAUCUUGUAAGACAUUCACUUUGUUUAUACGCAGCCUCUAGUGUACUACUAGCGUUAUGUUAUCUAACGAUACCAACAGUUGCCUCAGACACAGCGCACCCCAUCAGAAGAGGAAGAGUUCGAUUCGCCGAAGGGAAGUCGGAUAAGGAAAUUUUAGACCAUCUGUUAAAAAACUCCCGUUACGAUAAGCGUUUGCUACCACCAGUGGACGAUGCGGAUUUUUGCUGUGGCAUGCACACGCCGGAAAUGGCUAAACACAUACCGGAUAUGCGUGUUCCAGGACGACCCCAGAAUCGUGGUACAUUGACUGUGAACGUUAGCGUUUUACUAUUAAGCUUAGCGUCACCCGACGAAUCUAGUUUGAAAUACGAGGUGGAAUUUCUGCUGCAGCAGCAGUGGUUCGAUCCGCGGCUCCGAUACGCAAACCAGUCCCAGUACGAGUAUCUGAACGCGAUACACCACCACGAAGACAUUUGGUUACCGGAUACGUACUUCAUCAUGCACGGCGACUUUAAGGAUCCGAUCAUACCGAUGCACUUUGCGCUCCGGAUAUACCGCAAUGGAACGAUUAAUUAUCUAAUGAGGAGGCAUCUGAUACUGUCCUGCCAGGGACGGUUGAACAUAUUUCCCUUCGAUGAUCCACUGUGUUCUUUUGCUUUAGAAAGCAUAUCGUACGAACAAUCGGCAAUAACGUACGUCUGGAAGAAUGACGAGGACACUCUCCGCAAGAGCCCUUCGCUGACGACCUUAAACGCCUACUUGAUACAGAACCAAACAAUUGCCUGCCCCAUCAAAGCUAGCUGGAGAGCCGAAGGACAAACGUUGUCGGUAGAAGACGAAGAGUUUCUUUGUAAUUUAUGUCAGAGACGAUUUGAGGAGCAAGGAAAUUACAGUUGUCUGAAAGUGGAUUUAAUAUUUACAAGAGACCGAGCGUUCUAUUUCACGACCGUCUUUAUACCGGGCAUCAUACUGGUGACGUCAUCGUUCAUCACCUUCUGGCUAGAAUGGAACGCCGUCCCGGCCCGCUCGAUGAUAGGUGUAACGACCAUGUUGAAUUUUUUCACCACCUCAAACGGUUUCCGCAGUACACUUCCGGUCGUGUCGAACCUGACGGCGAUGAACGUGUGGGACGGCGUGUGCAUGUGCUUCAUCUACGCCUCGCUGCUGGAGUUCGUCUGCGUCAACUAUGUCGGCCGGAAGCGGCCGUUGCACAACGUUGUAUAUAGACCUGGAGAGAAUCCAGUUACUCAGCGUCUUCCAGCUGUCCUAAGCAGGAUCGGAAUAAUUCUCGCUAGUCCCCUGGAAACAAUUGACCGCGAGUUUCACACCGCCAUUGCCGCGGAGAAGACUGCACCGGCCACUGGCACGGUCUCCUCUGCUGCUGCCGCUACUGUUGCCAACGCCGCCGCCACCACCAACGCCGCCACUACCGGUCGCAUCGCGCAAACGCAACCGCAUCGCAAUGUACAGCUAGCUCCAGCAGCCGCCACAGCAACACCUAGCGCCACCACAGCCGCCGUCGCCUCUGGUGCCGCCGGUCAGCGACCGGCGCAAGCCGCUGUGGUGCUGUGCGAGGAGGGACUUUCCACCGAUACGUCCGCCGAACCCGGCCUAAUCCGCCGCCGUCCCACGGUCGAGACGAAGCUUAACGAGGCCGGCCUCAUGGAAACGAGCUUUGGUGUCAAGAAGCGGGAAUCCGGUGGACCGAACGAGAUCGUCGCGUGUACCAGUUGUGCGGGCGGUACGAGCCCCUGCACACACUCGGCGAACAAUGGCUGUGCAACAGAGACGUGCUUCGUGCAAGUGCGCAAAAAGGAACCGCCGCAUCCGAUACGCGUCGCAAAGACGAUCGACGUGAUCGCGCGCAUUACCUUCCCGUCGGCGUACGCCGUGUUUUUGAUAUUUUUCUUCAUCCACUACAAAGGAUUCUCCUAG